AAGAUGAGGUCUUUACUCGUCUACUGGCUGCUUGCCCAGAGUGCCUCCGUGACGGGGCAGCUGUACACCAACGAGUCCGAGGUUCCAUACUACGGGCUGUCACCACCGGUUUACCCUACGCCCGAGGCCAAUGGCACAACUAGCACCCGCUGGGCCAUCGCCCACAAGCGAGCCAAGGCCAUGUCCUCCCAGAUGACACUGGAGGAGAAGGCCAACAUUACCCGCGGCUACACGGGCCAAUGCACCGGUAACAGCGGCGCCGUGCCCCGCCUCGGCAUCCCGUCGCUCUGCAUGGGUGACGCGCCUCUGGGCGUCCGCGGCCAGGAAUUCGUCUCCAGUUUCCCGGCCGGCAUCCACGUGGCUGCAACCUGGGAUCGGGGACUCAUGUACCGCUACGGCGAGGCUAUCGGCGCCGAGUAUAAAGGCAAGGGCCUUAACAUAGCGCUUGGCCCCGUUGCUGGGCCGCUUGGUCGUGUGGUUCGGGGAGGGCGCAACUGGGAAGGGUUGAGCAACGACCCCUACCUUGCCGGGGAAGGUAUGGGAGAAGUCACGCGGGGGAUACAGGACCAGGGUGUUAUGGCGACGCCUAAGCAUUUUCUAUUGAAUGAGCAGGAGUUCCGACGGUUGCCUACUCGGGGGGUGGGCGAGUCCAUUAGCUCCAACGUUGAUGAUAGGACGAUCCAUGAACUAUACAUGUUCCCCUUCAUGAACGGACUCAAAGAAGGCGCAGUCUGCAUCAUGUGUUCCUACCAAAGAAUCAACAAUUCAUACAGCUGCCAAAACAGCAAGCUCCUCAACGGGCUCCUCAAAACUGAACUAGGCUUUGAGGGUUUUGUGCUCAGCGACUGGGGAGGCCAGCAAGGCGGCGUCGCCUCAGCCAACUCAGGGCUCGACCUCGUCAUGCCCAGCGGCGGCUUCUGGGGCAAGAAUCUGACUGAUGCCGUGGGCAACGGCUCCGUCAGCGCCGAAAGGGUAACUGACAUGGCGACCCGUAUCCUGGCCAGCUGGUACUACAUGGGCCAGGACAACGGAUACCCCUCCAAGGGCAUCUACUCCAACACGAUGAAACACGCGCCCAUUGACGUCCAGGGCAGCCAUCGCAACCUCAUCCGCGAGAUCGGCGCCGCUGGCACCGUUCUAGUCAAAAAUGUGAACAAGACGCUGCCCCUCCAGCGCCCGACCUUCCUCUGCGUGUACGGCUACGACGCCACCCUGCCCCUGACCCCGUGGGUGUCCAGUCGUUUCGGUGGCGGGUACGAUGUGAAUUUCGGCUGGAAUACAUUUAAUGGCACAUUGAUUAUGGGAGGUGGCUCCGGCUCCGGUACCCCCCCUUAUGUAAUCAGCCCCUUCCAGGCGAUCCAGGAGAGAAUCACCAAGGACAACGGUAUUGUGCGGUGGGACUUUGUCAACGAAAACCCUGCCAUGGCUUUUGAUAAUGCUGACGCUUGUCUGGUCUUCAUCAACGCCUACGCAUCCGAGAGUUUCGACCGAGUCUCCCUCACUGAUGACUUCAGCGAUCGCCUGGUGGCCAACACGGCUGCGCAGUGCGUUAACACCAUUGUGGUGAUCCACUCAACGGGCAUUCGCACCGUGGACGCCUGGAUCGAUAACCCCAACGUGACGGCCGUCCUAUUCGCAGGCGUGCCAGGCCAAGAGUCGGGAAAUAGCAUCGUGGACAUUUUGUGGGGGUCUAUCAACCCGAGCGGCAGACUGCCCUACACCGUCGCCAAGAACGAGUCGGACUACGGCAACGUGCUUAACAGCACCGUAUCCUUCGACGCCUUCCCUCAGGAUAACUUCACCGAGGGCUUGUACAUUGACUACCGCGCCUUCGAUAAGAACAACAUCGAGCCACGGUACGAGUUCGGCUACGGCCUGAGCUACACCACCUUCGCGUACGCAGAUCUGGUCGUCACUCCCGAACCGGGAGUUAACACAACCGCGCUCCCGGACCCGGAUACGCCCAUUGUGCAGGGCGGCCACCCAGACCUUUGGGAGGUUGUCGCGACGGUGACGGCGAGUGUAACGAACACGGGCGAUGUGGCGGGACACGAGGUCGCGCAGUUGUAUGUGGGAAUUCCGAGCAGUGACGAGUUCGAGACACCGGUGAGGCAACUGCGCGGGUUUCAGCGCCUUCCUGUCAGGCCGGGAGAGAGCCAGAGUGUGCUUUUCCGGCUGACAAGACGGGAUUUGAGCGUCUGGGAUGUGGUGGUGCAGCAGUGGAGGUUACAGGAGGGGGAGUAUAAGGUUUAUGUGGGCGCGAGUAGUAGGGAUCUGAGGUUGAACGGGACGUUGGAGAUUACGCACUAA